UAUUCGGUUUUAUACACUUCCUGUUGUGAUGUCAACCCGAAUCAACCCUUAUUCAUUUUCUAGUUGGAAAUUACUAGAUAUAUACCCCAGGGACCACUUUUUCCAUGAUGUUUGUUUUAUCAAAACAGAAGAAAAACAUCUAUCCUAGUCCACAACAGGCACACUCGUACUCUGCGGGGCCGUUAAUUUCUCUUCCGAGAAUCAAUAUAUUACGAACCUUGUGACAUAUUGAAAGUACAUUCCUGCUUUGUCACAAACAGCCCGAGUUAAACUUCCUUGUCAAUAGAUAUUACUGGGGACUGGGCUUUUCCGAGAAACAGCUGUCACAGCAGUUGUGCUAUACCAGGGUAGGUCGCUUACGACAGGGGAAACAGUAGCACCAUUGGGAGUUUACUUUUGCAAUGGACGAGACCUCCCCUCUUCUCAAUGUUAACAGGGAUGACAGAUCGGAUAAUGGUGACAACAUAGCAUGGGCAGUAACUGACAGCAUUAGUUUAUUCUUCUCAUGUGCGAUCGUCGGCCUUCUCCUCUGUUUCCCCAUAGCCCUGAUCCGAGGAGAUCUAAUCAUGAUUCGACAUAUUGACCCAUCACCGAUUCGACCAAAUUGUUUCCCAAAUAUAUCCGAAUCGGACCUAAACAUAUUUCACACGAAAGUUGUGAAAGAAAAGGCACGUCUACUCUAUUUGAACAUCACUAUGCCUGAAGCUCAGAAAGACACACAUCCGUUGCAUGACAUAUAUCUCCCCAACUGGUGGAUGUGGGUGUCCUCAGAGGCGAGUGAAGUGUCAACCUUUCUAUCCUGGCAAGAAGACUAUGCAAUAUGGUCCUUUGGAAUCCUUGACUUUUACACCUCUCGAGUUGCCCAGUUCCCGUUGCAUGUACCCGAAGGCUGUAAUAUUUCCUUACAAAGUUCAGCAGUUAUGGAUAUGGUUGCCGAAACACUGAAUAACAUGACAGUUAAGGCAUUGUCGUAUUUGAAACAUGACUAUAAUGGUUCAAGAUGGUGUAACAGAUUUAAGAUGUACAGAGAGACUAAAAUGAUAAGAAAUUUUAGAUAUUUUGUUCAUGAUUUGGGUUCAGAUUGCUAUAAGCUCAACCACGAUGGUACAACAUACAAAGGCUCUAUCCAUCCAGAAACUACGUGGACUAAUACCUCCUUUGCAAUGAGUUACCUGGCACUAUUAUUUUCCCCUGUAUGGUUUGUGUAUCUUAUUCAUUACAUUUCAAAUAGGUCUCCUGUUCCUUGGCUUAGAUGGGGAGGGUUACCCAGUGACGGUUUGCUGGACGAAUCAUAUAUCUACCUGGGGUUGAAGAGUCCUACAACCUUUUCGUCCAUAUUCUAUGAUGCACUGCAAUCCAUGUGUGAGAAAUGUCGUUGUUUCCGGGUCUGCUUUACAUCACGCCCUGCACAUCUUCUUAAACCUUUUUUGCUUUUGGCUAUGUCUCCGAUCAUAAUAUACAUCAAAGUUAUCAUCUACAAAACUAAUCGUGAUCAUCAUUUUCUUCUUGACCGUCAAAUCAAGUACAACAUCCCUAUAGGAUUUUCUUCAAUGCUAUUCUCGUUAGAAGAGAAAUCUAACAACUUUUUAACAUUUACUUAUGGACCAUGUGUGUUUCUACUAAUAUAUCACAUUUUGGGUUUAAUAUUCAUUGUAAUAAAAACAAUGUUUGUUAUUGACUUUGACAAUAGACAUACAGGCAAAAUUCCCCUUUCUUCCUUACAUUUAUCCCAAAUGGAUUCCAUCAGAAGCCAGACAUCUAACAGGGCACUAAACGUUAUAGCUGAAAAUAGCACACAUCGUUGUCUAUGUCUGUCAUUUUUUAGACAGGUUUGGACAGAGGAUUGCGAGCAAGGCAAAUGUAUUGGUAUUUUGAAGUUCCCGUUUUCGUUUCUGUUUCAUGUGAUCCCAUUUCUAUUCACCAGUCAUUUGAUCAUGAAAGGAUAUAUGCAAGCCAUAUCGAAGAGCCUACCUAACCACACUGUUCUGUUGUGCUUUGUUUGUUUACUUCUAGCGACUUUAUAUUUCUGCCUCAUAUUCUGUUUCACGACAAUUUUUCUUGCCAGCUUAGAGUUUCUUAUUUUCAUAAUAACCUUCUGUUACAUUGCCCUUGUCACGUAUCCUGUUGAAUCUGCAGGGUAUUUUCUGUUUGCCAUUUCCUCUCUCUCUUUCAUAGCUCGCUGCCUCAGGGACGUUGCCCAAACAUAUCACAACCUUCUGUCUUUAACAAUACAAGCAUUGAAGGAAAUGAAUAUCGAGGAUAUGGUCCUUGAAAGGAACAGGGGCCAAGAUGUAGAUACGCCGCCACCUAUAUACCCAAUGUAUGUCAAUGGAGUUUAUGGCAUCACAAGGCAACUUUAUGAAGAAAUUGUACAUAAAUACGCUCCUAAACCCCAAAUGAUAGCUAAGGCCUUUUGUAAGAUGGUUUUUGGCACAUGUGCUCUUGGAUGGACAAUUUCGCUCAUUUUCAAAAUGCAUUCAGAUAUUCAGCCUUUGUUAAAUACAUUAAGUGCAGUGGUGAUUGUCAGCAUUCCCGAUUUACUAUCGAUCCUCAUACGGGAUUCCACUGUGCAAAACCGUGACUUUAUUUAUAAAAGCCAGCUUAAACAAACUAUCAGAAAUUUCAGGGAAUGAUACCAAAUGAUACCAAAUUACCGAUUCUGUGUAAAUAUGUGUUAGACUUGCCAUGGCGUACGUGACACUUUCAUAACUCGUCCCUGUUGCAUAGCAUCACGUGAAAUGAAACAUACAAUGAAAGCUACCCCACUAAUUCUCUCAGAUGAAAGAGGCACCAACAUUCAAGGACACUGUAUGCCUCACAAAGCUGUUUUGUUGUGGUAACUACAAUAUUCAAGGGAUGUCUGGCAACACAUUUCGUGCAGAAAACAUGAUAGAUAUAUACAAAGAGAAUGUAUUUCAAGUUUCGAGGACAACAGAGAACUUGCUAUUUGGAGCGUUUCUGUAUACGACUGUAACCUCAUAUAUUUUGCCUCACUAUGAGCGAUAUGACUUAAUAAUAUUGGCGUGCGGUGUACAACGAAAUCUUUGCAAGGCCUACAUAUUUUUCCCUACGGGUGCCAACCUCAUGUUAGCUUACGAAGUUGCUGUGCUACAUGCUUUCAUUGCAAGUCAUAAGUUCGAGUGAAGUAUUACGGUGUAAAGAAACUGCUCGAGCAUAUAGAGCGCCAUAUUUUGUUAAAAAGCUGUUGUCGGUGAUUUCGUAAAUUCUGAUCAACAACCCACUCAAAACACUGGACGCUUCACUCAAUAUUCUUGCUAACACAAAAGAGUUCGCGUUUUUUAAUCAUGUUAGAAUGCAGAUUAACAUACUAUGUUUUCAAUGUAGAGCUAGGUUACCUGUAUAUUUAACCGCGCUAAAUUUAACAUUUGAAACCUCACGAUUUGUUUACCUCUUAAUUCAUUCACUAGUGUUUGAAAAAUAUAGCGGCACCUUUGAUGAUUUAUAUGUAAGGUUCGAUUCACAUCUACAAAUGUAUAUCUCUUAAAAGAUGCCACUAUAACACUCCCAUACAGGUCAUUUCUCGUUUGACAGUAAUUACAAAAGCUUACAGGAGACAUCUGUGAAAAAGACAUGUUAACACAUUUUGCGGAAUCAGGGUAAAAGUAUUUGAUAACAACGUAACAUAUGUGAAGGGGUUUGAAUCACGAUCAUUUUUGUGUACAGAUGUUCUGUAGCCUAUUCCAAUGGACACGGACACAUUCAUCCAUUACAAGAUGAACGUACACUACUUGACAUGUGACUUGUGUUACCAAUGUUUGAUACAUUCUAAAAGAAUUGAUAUUUAUUGAUAAAACAUUUGUAUUUGCACAUUGAACAAUGCUAUCUGAAUUUAUAAUGUAACUGUAGACGUUUGUAUCGUACUAGAGAUCUAAAAAUAAUGUGGAUAUAUGCUUUGUUUCUCAUACCUCUUUCGAUGCUUAGAAAUAUGUUCACAAUAUUGUUCACUAUGUAAAUAUUGUUUACCUAUCAUUUGUGAUAUUCUGUUUACUAUUUCCUUGUGAAAAUUGUAAUAUGUUACACAUGUAAUCUUCACCAUAAACACUUAAACCAAUCUUCAUAUCUAUGGUAUGACUAUAAAAUGCCAGUUUACCUAUUUACAAUAUGACUGGAUGGGUGUGUCAGUUUGGCAUAUGUAAAUAUGAAUUUACUUGAAAAGAUUCACACAAAAUAUCUUAAGCUGGCCUGUGACAUUAGAAAUUCAACUCCCCAUUUCGUGGUAUAUGUAGAAGAGGUAGAGCAUCUUCAUCAAUUUCUGUCAUAAACUUUCUGGACCGGGUAGAGUAAUUAUGUUAUCGAAAAUGAUCUAUAACUUUGCAUAUCUUAAACACGUAACAACUAGUCAUAAUUCAGCCUGGAUCCAGAAUGUUGAACGCAUGCUUGAUAACUGUGGUUUAUCGUAUGUAUUUAACAAUCCACAGAGUGUCUCAAUAAAAUUAGUUAAUAACCCAGGUAGAAAAUACGAUAAAAGAUCAAUUCUACCAAAACAGGACAUCAGAUGUUGGGAAGAGUUCAAAAUAAUAAGGAAGAUCUUAAAAUAUAUCCCGUAAUUAAAAACAAAAUCUCCCUUUAUACAAACCCAAUUUAUUCUGAUAUUUUGACUUUCUAACCAUCAUCUACAUGCGGAAGGAAGCCGUCGGCUUGGUAUAGACAGAGAGCGAAGGUCAAAUAAACUGUGCACAUCGCCAUCUUUCGCAAAGGGAUGUCAUUAUGAGAUUUUUAGCCGUGGAGCCUUGAAGGAAUAAAGGAGCUCUCUUACAUCUGGGCAUCGUUCCACAAAGCCCUGUUAGCACUACGACUAUCGUAAGCCAGUGUUAAAGUAUGGGAGUUACGAUCACCUCAGCGCUGAGAUGGCUUUGUGUAACCGGGCCCUGAUAAAUAAACAAAACACACCACCAAAUACAUAUACAUGUAUGAAUCUCAAUGAUGAACUAUCUAUUUUUCAAGUUGAUUGUACAACUUACAAGUGUGUCAACGCUGAAGCAUGUGUUUAUGAAUACGUUUAAGUAUAUUCUAUGUUUUCAUUUUUAGGUAUAUGUGUAUAUGACUGAAUGUAAAUUGUGGAUGUAUACGUAAUUAAUCUCUUAUGAUAUUUAUCUUCACAUGAUCAUGUUAUUGGACGGUACAUCACGUGGCAUCUUUGCCUUCUUGUAUUAUGUUAUUAUUGUUGAAUAUUGUACAUUUUUCUUGUUCCACCGUGAGUUAAACAUGCUUUUUCUGAA